UAUUGCCUUGAAUGAAUCAACUGACAAUACUUCGCAGCCACAGCUGGCAUUAUAUGGGAGAUAUAUAAGUCCACGAGAAGAUUUGAAAGAGGAGUUACUUGAGGUACUAACAUUGGAAACGACGACUAAAGGACAAGAUAUUUUCGAUAUUGUUAGCAGAUUUUUCGCGUUGAGUGGCAUUGAAUGGGGAUCCAUCAGCGAAUGCAACAUAGACGGUGCACCAGCUAUGAUUGGUAAUAUGAACGGCUUUAAAGGGCGAGUGAAGCGAGUGAAUCCCGACAUAAAAUUCAACCACAGCAUUAUUCAUGGGCAAGCCCUUGCGAGCAAGAACCUAUCGGUCGAAUUUGAAAAUGUGAUGGUCAUCAUAAUCAAUGUGAUCAAUUUCGUGAAAGUGAGAGAUUUGAAUGCACGCCUCUUCAAAAAAAUCUGCGAAGAAAAUGAUGCCGAAUAUGAAACCUUGCUAUUUCACAAUACUGUGAGAUGGCUGUCACGUGGUCGCGCUUUGAAGCGGGUGUUCUUACUUCGAGAGGAACUUUAUCAAUUUUUGACAGAGAAGGGGCAUAUAAAUGCCACUAAAUUCAACGAUCCUCAUUUUUUGGCUAAGCUGGCGUUCUUGACUGACGUAUUUACUCAUAUGAACUUCCUCAAUACAAAUCUACAAGGACGGGGAAAGUUUGUGUUCGAGUUACACAACAGCAUCCGUGUUUUCAUAAACAAGCUUGGCGUGCUACGAGAAGAAGCAAUCCAGGACAAUUUUAUACACUUCGAAUGUUUCUUGGAACUGAUCUGCUUUCUCAAUGAUGACGAUAUUGACUUCACGCCCGAAGUCCGGAUUCUGUGCGACUAUUUACAAAAACUUGCAACUAAUUUCCAAGAACGAUUUCCAGGUCUAGAGGUGGAAGAUUUCACAAUCAUACAGGCGCCGUUUACCGGAAAACCACGCGAAGAGUUUGCAAUGGAACUGAGCCAACUCCAAGCGAACCCAGUUGCCAAACUGGAAUUUGAUUCAGAUCUAUCAAAAUUUUGUCUCAGCGAAGAACAAUAUCCUGAACUGAAAUCAAUAGCUCAGAAG